CUAAAAUAAAAUUACAGCGCGUGGGAGCUGGUCGCGGGGAAAUUCGGAAGAACUGCACAGUAGAAACAAAGGUUCUCCCCAAAUUUCUCCAAUCCCUGAAUUCUAGGGUUUGUUUUGUCCUGAUCCAAAUCUAGAAGCUUGUUGUUGACUCGAAAGCGUGAAGCUUCUUCUGACAAGAAACCGGAAGUCGCUGGUAUCUAAACUGUGGUUUCUUCCUAGGAGAAGUCAGAGGAGGCAGAAGACGAAGAGGAGAUGAAGGUCGUGGUCGGAAGCCCCGGUACCGUCGGCGGGUUGCUGCUGAGGACGGGUCAGUGUCUUUUUGCGAGCGCAUCGAUUGCUUUUAUGGUCUCGGCUUCAGGGUUUUCAAGCUACACCGCCUUCUGGUGUAGCUUUAUGUAUGGACGAUGGAUUAUUGGAUGAAUUUGACGGGUGUGGGAGAGGUGAAGGGGUAUUGCAGCUACUUGGUUGCUUCCAUGGGAUUACAAGCGUUGUGGAGCCUUGGUCUUGGUUGUCUUGAUACUUAUGCUUUAAGGAUGAAAAGAGAUCUUCACAAUCCUAUUUUAGUCAGCUUGUUCGUUGUAGGGGAUUGGGUAACAGCAACCCUAUCGCUUGCUGCAGCAUGUUCUUCAGGUGGAGUUUCAGUACUUUUUUCAAAAGAUGUUGGUUUUUGCAGUGCUUAUCCUCUGCUUUCAUGCAAAAAAUUUGAAAUUUCUGUCGUGUUGGCUUUCGCAACGUGGCUAUUUAUUGCAAUGUCUUCACUUGUUAUGUUUUGGCUGCUAGCCUCUGUUUGAUUGCACUUUAUUUUUUUGUUUUUUUAACUGUACCAUUUGUAUUAUUAUUGAUUUGUGUAAAUGGUAAAAAUUACAUUUAUGAAACUACAAGUUUUGAGUGUUCUUGUAA